UGUUGAAAAAAAUGACAAACACCGCUAAGGAGGUUAAACAAGAUUUGAUGAAUUUGGAAGAAUUUUUACAUGUUGAAUUAAACGUAAAAGAAGAGAAUUCUAAUUCUAAAAACGAGACUAUUUUACAAAUGAAUCGUAUUAUAGACGCAAGUGUCGAUACACUCAAACAAGAAAUGAAAAAUGAACCAAACUGUAAUCAUAAUUCUGAUAAUCCACUUUCCUCACAAAUUCUUCCAAAAGAUACGGUUAAAAAGAAAAUAAAAAAAUUAUACCCUAAAAAGAAAACUGGCUCCUUUAUAUGUCCCACAUGUGGUAAAUCAUUCGCGUACAAAUAUCAAUUGAAUGUACAUGAACGUAGACAUACUGGCGAACGACCGUAUAUGUGUGAGGUUUGUGGUCAUGCAUUCGUACAAAAGCAUGUACUUAAACGGCAUGAAGAGAUACAUAAUGGUGCGUCAAAUAAAUCGUACAAAUGCAAUGUUUGUGAUCAUACAUUUUUACGUAAAGAAAAUUUACAAAAACAUGAACGAUCUCAUACUGGUGAAAAACCGUAUAAAUGUGAAUUUUGUGAUAAAGCCUAUUCAAAAGGUGAAGAUUUAAAAGUACACUGUCGAACACACACCGGUGAAAAACCAUACGAAUGUCCAAUAUGUAAUCGUUCAUUUAAAAGUAAACAUCAAUUACGAUCACACAGUUUUAUACACACCGGAGAAAAACCUUACAAAUGUAUUAAAUGUUCGAAAUGUUUUCGUGCAUAUUCAACAUUAAAAGUACACGAACGUAUUCAUAGUGGUGAGAGACCAUUUCAAUGUUCAUACUGUGUUAAAACAUAUGCAACACGUCCAGAUUUACGUGUACACGAGCGUAUACACACGGGAGAGAAACCAUUUCAAUGUAAAUCAUGUGAUGAAAUGUUUAGUGAUAAAUAUCAUUUAAAAAUACAUACACGAAUCCAUUUCGAUGUGUUACCAUAUAAGUGUGAUGUAUGUGCAGAAGGUUUUAUACGUCGAAAAGAUUUAAAGAAGCAUGUAAUACAACAUACAAGUGAUAAAUUAUUUACAUGCAAUAUAUGUGCACAACAAUUUCCUAGAAAAGAAAAUUUAAAAAUACAUAUUCGAAUACAUAAUGGUAUUCGACCAUUUAAAUGUAAUUUUUGUGAUAAAACAUUUACACAAAAAAUUCAUCUACAAACGCAUGAAUCAAGAAAGCAUACACCAAAAUCAACAGAAUCCACAGAUGUUUCUUCUAUACUAUUUAAAUUACCUGAUAUUUUAGAUUUACAGUAUUGUAAAACUAUCAGUCAAUAAUAGUCCAA